GGCACAUAUAUAAACGUUGCCUGAAGAACGUUGACCAACCAAAAAGUGAUUCGGAGGACAAGCUACUGUAAAUCUGGAAGCUUUGUAAAACAGUUACAAUGCCAAAAUUCGAUUUUGAAAAAUUUGAAGUAGACGCUUCAAUCGUAUUACGUGAAAUCUGGAGUUUGCUACAAGACAGAUUAACAAUAACGGAAGUUUCACGGUUAAAUGCAAUAUUUGUGAGUUCAAACAUCUUCCAGCCCAACGAACUUGCAGUAUCCAAAACUUCAGAAGGGCUUCUGACGCUGUUGCAUGCACGGUCAAAGAAACAAAAGGCCGAUGCCAUUAAUAUCAUCUGUGCAGAACCAGUGCAUCAAGAAAUUCGAGAGAAAGUUCAGACAUAUUUUACAAAAGGUGACACACAGGAAUCAGAACAACCCCCGACGCCUGAUGUGGACCGUUUAGUCGCCAUCUUGAUGAAGGAUCAUGCAUUAGAUUGGUCCUUGUUGGGUAGUCAUCUCGGAGUCAAUCAAAGGGAAAUAGAUGACUUAAGCACGCAACGCUUAACGGGAGUAAUUAACUCCUCACAACUUUUCAGAAAAAUUAUUUUAAGUUGGAUCUCCACAAAUGGGUCUAAAGCAACUGUGGAUUCACUUUGUAAAAUACUGCAUGACAACAAAAUGAUAUUCUGCGAAGAACGGGUUGCAGAAGAAUUCGGAAUUAAACUAUGAUUCAUCGCCGCCAUAAGAGACAUUUCUUUUGUGAUAACUUUAUUUAUGUUUAGUUAGUAACAGGACACAGUGACCGCGGAAGUCGUGGGGACAUAUGUAUAAUAGGAUGGGGAAGGGAGGGGUUUAUAUAACAUGGGCGGAUGAUGGGGACAUCAAACAACGUCCCUCUGUCCCCACGCUUCCGCGGCCACUGACAAGACAAGAGGGACUAGUCUGUUCAAGUAGUAGUCGAUUCAGCACUUCUUCUUUAGUCUUCUUAUCACUUCCCGAAUUACAAUAACAGCAAAUAAACUGAUUUUCUUUCAAAUUAA